GCUCCCAGAGGCCGUGGCCAAGCUGUCACGACGAGUUCCCAGCUUGUCACCCCUCGGCGAACUCUGAGGCUUGUCCACUCGCACUUGUGCGGUGGCGCGGGCCGCGUGUCUUUCGGCACAGAGCGCCCCUCGAGGUUUCGGCGCCAGUCCACCCUGGCCCGCCCCCAACCGGCCUCGGCCUCCCGCAGAAGCCCGCCAGACUCCCGGCGCCGCCAGAGGGGCGCGGCCGCAGCAGCCGUCCCGACCAGUUCCCGUUCCGGGACCGCGAGGCGGCGGUGCCUGCUCUGCCCUAGCGCUGCUGCCGGCGCGGCGCUCCCGGGGCCUCCGCGCUACCGCGGCGACUGCGCUCCCGGCGCACCUGGCGCUGGGUCUCGCCUGCAGCCGCUGCCUGUUCUGCAAACUUGGCCAAAUUCCAGAAAGAAAUUGAAGUUUUAAGGCGAGAAGUGAAACAUUUUUACUUCCUUCCCAGAAUGAUGCCAGACACUUUAAAAGAGUCUGCACUGGGAGGCGGGGACCCUGAGGGUCCUGAAUCCUGAUUGCCCUUGUACCAGGAAGACACCUGCAGCUAACGAUGAAUGUGGGAAAAGUAGCUAUUUGCUACUUUAACUAUGGAAACACAGGAGCACCGUGAGAGCAUCCCAGCUGGUUCUGACUCCUACAUCAACUUGUUGAAGAUCAACCGGGAACUUCUGGUCACUCACAUCCGUAACACUCAGUGUGUGGUGGACAACUUGCUGGAGAAUGACUACUUCUCAGCUGAGGAUGCAGAGAUCGUGGGUGCCUGCCCCACCCAACCUGACAAGGUCCGAAAACUUCUGGACCUGGUCCAGAGCAAGGGUGAGGAGGUUUCUGAGUUCUUCCUCUACGUGCUCCAGCAACUUGCAGAUGCUUAUGUGGACCUCAGGCCGUGGCUAUUGGAGAUCUGCUACUCUCCUUCCCAGCUCAUUCAGAGCAAAACUAUUGUCAACACCGACCCAGUGAGCAGGUACACCCAGAAGCUGCGGCACCAAUUGGGUUGUGACUCCAAAUUCAUGCUGUGUUAUGCCCAAAAGGAGGACCUGCUGCUGGAGGAGAUCUACAUGGAUACCGUCAUGGAGCUGGUGAGCUUCAGCAACGAGAACCUGGGCAGCCUGGGCAGCCUGUCCUGCCUCCUGGACCACAGCUCAGGCGUCCUCAACGAGCAGGGCGAGACCAUCUUCGUGUUCGGGGACGCGGGUGUGGGCAAAUCCAUGCUGCUGCAGCGGCUGCAGAGCCUCUGGGCCUCAGGCCGGCUGGACACAGGGGUCAAGUUCUUCUUCCACUUCCGCUGCCGCAUGUUCAGCUGCUUCAAGGAGAGUGACACGCUGUGCCUGCAGGACCUGCUUUUCAAGCAUUACUGCUACCCGGAGCAGGACCCCGAUGAGGUGUUUGCUUUCCUGUUGCGCUUUCCCCACGUGGCCCUCUUCACCUUCGAUGGCUUGGACGAGCUGCACUCGGACUUCGACUUGAGCCGAGUGCCUGACAGCUGCUGCCCCUGGGAGCCCGCCCACCCGCUGGUCCUGCUGGCCAACCUGCUCAGCGGAAGGCUGCUCAAGGGCGCCAGCAAGCUGCUCACGGCCCGCACGGGUGUCGAGGUGCCCCGCCAGCUCCUGCGGAAGAAGGUGCUUCUCCGGGGCUUUUCCCCCAGCCACCUGCAGACUUAUGCCCGGAAGAUGUUCCCUGAGCGCCCUGCGCAGGACCGCCUGCUGCAGCAGCUGGAGGCCAACCCCAACCUCUGCAGCCUGUGCACCGUGCCUCUCUUCUGCUGGAUCAUCUUCCGGUGCUUCCAGCACUUCUACACCACCCUCGAAGGCUCCCCGCAACUUUCGGAAUGCACGGUGACCCUGACCGACGUCUUCCUGCUGGUCACCGAGGUCCAUCUGAACAGGACGCAGCCCAGCAGCUUGGUGCAGCGCAACACGCGCAGCCCGGCCGAGACCUUCAGCGCGGGCUGGCGCACACUGCGCUCGCUGGGGCAGGUGGCUCACAGCGGCAUGGAGAGGAGCCUCUUCGUGUUCACCCAGGAGGAGGUGCAGGCCUCAGAGCUGCAGGAGGGGGACCUGCAGCUGGGCUUCCUGAGGGCCGUGCCAGAAAUGACCCCUGAAGGGGGACAGCAGUCUUAUGAGUUUUUCCACAUCACCCUCCAGGCCUUCUUUACCGCCUUUUUUCUCGUGGUGGACAACAAGGUGGGACACCGGGAGCUGCUCAGGUUCUUUCAAGAGUGGGCGCCUCCUGGAGAGGCAGCGGUAGAGUCCUGCUAUCCUCCCUUCCUUCCUUUCCAGUGCUUCGGGGGCGGCAGGCUGGCACGUUCUGAUCCCUUCAAAAACAAGGAUCAUUUUCAGUUCACCAACCUCUUCCUGUGCGGGCUGUUGUCCAAAGCCAGACAGAAACUCCUGCAGCACCUGGUGCCUGCUGCCACCCUGCGGAGGAAGCGCAAGGCCUUGUGGGGGCACCUGUUUGCCAGCCUGCGCGCCUACCUGAAGAGCCUGCCCCGGUGUCAUUCCGGGGGUUUCAGCCAAGUGCAGGCCAUGCCCACCUUCCUCUGGAUGCUGCGCUGUAUCUAUGAGACGCAGAGCCAGAAGGUGGGGCAGCUGGCGGCCAAGGGCAUCUGCGCCAACUACCUCAAGCUGACCUUCUGCAAUGCCUGCUCCGCUGACUGCAGUGCCCUUUCCUUCGUCCUGCACCACUCCCGCAAGCGGCUUGCCCUUGAUCUGGACAACAACAAUCUCAACGACUAUGGUGUGCGGGAGCUGCAGCCUUGCUUCAGCCGCCUCACCGUUAUCAGACUCAGUGUCAACCAGAUCACAGAUAGUGGUGUGAAGGUGCUGUGUGAAGAGCUGACCAAGUACAAAAUUCUGGAGUAUUUGGGUUUAUACAACAACCAGAUCACAGAUGUGGGAGCCAGGUACGUCGCCCAAAUCUUGGAUGAAUGCAAGGCCCUCACCCACCUGAAACUGGGGAAAAACAAGAUAUCUAGCGAAGGAGGGAAGUGGCUGGCCCUGGCUGUGAAGAACAGUACAUCCAUCUCUGAGAUUGGGAUGUGGGGCAAUCAAAUAGGGGAUGAAGGAGCCAAAGCUUUCGCAGAGGCUCUGAAGAACCACCCCAGCCUGAGCAAUCUAAGUCUUGCAGCCAACUGUAUCUCCACGGAAGGAGGAAAGAGCCUUGCCAGGGCCCUGCAGCAGAAUACGACACUGAAGAUAUUCUGGCUGACCCAAAAUGAACUCAAUGAUGAAGUGGCCGAGAGCUUUGCAGAAAUGCUGAAAGUCAACCAGACAUUGAAGCACUUAUGGCUCAUCCAGAAUCAGAUCACAGCCACGGGGACCGCCCAGCUAGCAGAGGCCUUACAGAACAACACUGGCAUAACGGAGAUUUGUCUAAAUGGGAACUUGAUAGAGCCAGAGGAGGCCAAAGUCUUUGAAGAUGAGAAGCGGAUCAUUUGUUUCUGAGAGGACUUUACUAUGCUUGGGUCUUCGCCCUGGAAGACCCUGUAGCAGCUGCUGCCACCCUGUGCAGUCAGGGCAAGCAGGCUGCGACCCAGGGCAUGCGGCCAGGGGCCUGUUGGAGCACACUCCUAAUGAUGCAGGCCCACCUCCGUGGUGAUGUCCACCCUAAGCUGUUAGGGUGUUGCAGAAACAGUGUGCACCCUGUGAGCUGCGGUAGUCACUGCAAAACAGUAUCAGGUUUUCUAUACUAUGAAGACUUCGUUGUGUAUCUGUAAUAAUUUUAUCCAAAGCUGGAGGAAUAAGACUGAAGAGAAAAGGCCAGCCUCAGCUGGCACAGAUGCCUGCCCUAAGAAUCAGAGCCAGUGUGUUGACCGCUGCUGUCUUCAGGGGAGAGUGGAGGACCUGGUGCAGAGUCAGUGCCAAGCUUCUCGGAAAGAAGGUUCUCAAUGCACAGGAAAUAUCCACCCUCCUUAGUACUUCCCCACGUACUGAUGUCCCCUUCAUGGCUGUGGAUACUGAAGGGUGUAGGAUGUGGGGAUGUGGCUCAUCCAAGGUCCUGUGGGGAGCUGGUGUCAGGAGCUCAUCACAGGCUUCUCAGUCCUGAGUCUGUGUGCUGACAAGAUAAGAGGAUGCUCUCUAGGCCAGUCUAAGAGGAAGACAGUGACAAUGCCUUCAUCACAUAGAGCUUCGAGUCUGGCCUCUACCUGUCCCAACUGCACUCCACAGCUAAUGUGCCUGCCCAGGAAGAAGCAUGGACUCCUGUUCUCCAGAGGGAUAGGCAUGACUUGUCUUGGUGGCCCUGGCACUCACACCACACAGAAGCUUUUCUCUACAUUGCCCUCUUAGGAAGGGAAGUCUCAGCCAGGCGUGAUGGCACACUCCUGUAAUACCAGUGUUUGGGGAGGCUGAGGUAGGAGGAUUGCAGGUUCAAAGCCAGCCUCAGCAAAAGCGAAGCACUAAGCAACUCAGUGAGACCCUGUCUCUAAAAUACAAAAUAGGGCUGGGGAUGUGGCUCAGUGGUCGAGUGCCUCUGAGUCCAAUCCCUGGUACCAAAAAAGGAAAUAAAAAAGGGAAGUCUCUUCCUGCCCCCCAACAGCUGGUGGGGGGGGGUGAAUGAAGACUCGAGGAGCCUGCUGAGAACUCAGCCAGCAAAGUGUGCUAGACCCCCACCACUGUGGGGGGCACAUGGUGGAUGCUCUGUGAGGUGGGGUGGGGUGGGGUUAUCACAAGAGAACUUGUUCUUUGGCCACCUCAUUUGUUAAUAAAAUAUUUAAAAAGCUCACCAUUUUGAAAGGGCUGGGAUUGUUUGGAGGGACUUGGCCUGGUGUGCUGUGAGCCUGACUCAAUGCACUGUGGAGAACGUUCUGGAUAAAGUGCUCCAGGGGGAGGCCUGAAGAAGGGAGGCCAGAGGCAUCCUAAGUGUGGUCUGGCACGGUCCUCUCCACCUACCAAGGGACAAGAAAAGGUGGAGGCACUAUCUGAGGCUGCUCCAUCUGGCCUCUGAAUCCAUACGGGGGGGGGGGGCUCUUGUGCUGGCUGGGCUCAGGACACAUGGAGUGGCCCAAUUUCAUGCAUUCACCACAGCACACAGUAGGUCCUGCCAGGUCCACUACCUUCCUUGGCUGUUCACUGAUGGAUGGAGGACAAGGUGGUCCUGAGGCAAGAGGGGACAGCAUGGGAAGGGUAAGGGGUCCCUCCUAGAAAGCCACAGUGUUCUAGGUUCAAGCCUGGCUCCAUACACAGUCUGCUAGGGAGGGUGCGAUUCAGCAGGUUAUGGGGGAUAUCCUGUAGCUCAGACCACCGUAUGGUGAUGAUUCCCUUAAAGGCACUGCUGUGGUGCUUCCUCCAGUGUGUCUCCCACCCCAGACCCAGAUAUUCACCUGGUCAUCUCCCUCUGAGGCAGCAGUCUGGGCAGUAGAUCCUCUUGCAAAGGGCAAGGAAAUCCUCAAGGUGAGCUGAAGGCCAAGGGCGUGAGGAACACAGAGCACAGACUCAGACUACAAACUCACCAAGAAACACACUUCCUGGGGACAAAGUUCAGAUUUUAUCAAACAGCUAAAUGUAAACUCUUGAAAGUCUAAAAUUUACUCAGCAACUACUGAACAUUAUUGCUCUAAAGACUAGCAAGACCGCAACCUCUCAGGGACUCCAUUUGUGUGGUUAUAGUCUGAAGUUCUAUUUGUAACACCUCCAUCUUCUACAUGGUGAAAGGUAGAUUCUGAUCCUUUUAUAAAACCAAAAGCAGGUUUCCAGCUUGCCAGAAAGGGUCUCCACCACACAGAUGAGCUGAGCACAGGUGUGCAGGCUUGUCCUAAUCAUGAAAAAGACAACAGAAAAUAUAAAAAGUGAGCUCUGUGAACUUGGGAUAUGACUGACCAUUCCUUUCCAUAGUGUGCCUUGGCUGAUUUGAGGAAAGAAACUAUUGCUUCUGUACUUCAUCCCUGCAUUUAUAUCAUGUUCACACUGAUUUGGAACUCAAUUUAAAAAGCCAUAGAAAGUCACUGUGUCCAAGUGUAAUUAGCUCCGAGGAGCUCCAGCCUGCUUUUGCCCUGAUGCGUGGCUUUGGGCCCAGCCUAGGUCUGCUGGAAUCUUGAUAUCCUCUGUGAAAAAUGGGAAUCCAAGAGCACUGACUCAGGAGGUUAUUGAGAGAAGAUGAAAUAAGGUGUUCUAGAAAGUAGUUGGUGUGCCUGGCUGAGGGUCUCCUCCUCUGUACCCACCAGUUACUAUAAAACCAGCCUUUCUCAUUUCCCCUCUCACUCCUAGGCUUAGAGGGACCUUUCCAACAAGACUAAAUAUGGCAGUGGAAGUUCUCAAAGUAAAAUUCGACAUCAAGGUUCCUGUAGUAUCCUAGCUUUGUGGUAUCUUGUCCUCAUUGCAUAGUAGGGCAGAGGCCAGCACCACUGCACAGAGCCAGGCACAUGGGUGUGAGCAAUAUCCCAAUUUCCUUUCAGCUCUGGAACCAGGCAGGAGCACUGGGAUCAUAGACAUUUUUCCAGGUGUGGUACAGUAUGUCUGUUUCUAAGUAGCAUGUGAUGGAGGAGGAGGGGGUGAGAAACAGGGGUGGAGGAGCAAGAGGAGGAGGAGGAGAAUGCCGCAGUCUGGCUGGGCACAAUCAGGAGCCACUUGUCAAAAGAAACUAACUUUAUUUUUAGAACCACACACGCCAAACAAAACAGCCUCUCAGGAAAAACCCUCAGAGCCUCAACUGCCACCACCGGCUUUCCACAAACCUCUCUCUCCCACACAAGCUUCUCUCCCCCGUCCCACAAUCCUCCUGCUCUUGAGGCCGAUUGGCUGGGUCAUGUGGGCGGAGCCAAAAAAGUCCCCCAAUGAGCAGCUCCGUGGUCUGAAAGGGCAGGGAAACAGUCCAAUGAGCAUCACCGCAGAGGAGCCAAUCAGCUAGAUGUUGCUGGGGCCGCUGUGAGCCAAUCAUCAGCCGGCAGCUGGAAGUUUGCUGGCAGCUGGAAGUUUGCUGGGGCCCCUUCGGCUGUGGCUCUCAACAGGAGAAGAAGAAAAGAACACAAGAUGAAACUUGCUUUGGAGCUGAAAGACAAAACUAUGACCAUGGAGGGGCAUUUCAAUGAAAGCAGACUCGGUUCAUGAGGAGGCCAAGACUUGUGUGACCACAUGAGGCCUGUGGCACAGCUAUAGAGCAGGGCUGUUCCAGCACUGUUCUCUCCAUCUGAAAACCGAAUGAACUGUACAUACAACUGACUGAAGACUUCUAGAGACAUUACACACUGAAAAAAUGACCUGUGAUUUAAGAAAGACUUAAAAUAAUAGAUUAAAUAAACACAAGGUUUUGAAGACCACUUGGGGUGCUUUUUGUAACCAAUAACAAAAGUCAAAAUGUCUCAAAAAAUCUUCCCUGAUUUUUCCCUCUGUCUCACAGUGCAUUUAUUUUUGUUGUAAAAGGGGUAUCACAAUGUUAAAGGGAACCUUGAAAAUGUGUAUAUCAGCUUACCAAAGCAGCUAUUUCAGUUUUUACAUAUCAUCUCCUGUGCUUUGUCUGAACAUCGUUUUUCAUAGGUAUAAUUCCAGUGCCCAUUUGCAGUUCUUAAUCAAACAUUUUCCCACAUCAUUACCAUAGUCUUUAAAAUUAUCAUUAGUAGUCUAUGAGUUUGAGAAUUUGCUUAUUAUGUUCCAAUUGUUAAGACAUUCAUGUUUCUGGAUUGGCUGUGAUUAUUAUAGACACUGUUUGGUAGAAUUAAAAACUUUAUGGUUAUUUCUU